AUGCGACCGUGUAAGCGAGAUACGUUCGAUUAUUCAAAGGUAUUGAACGUAAUCGUUGAUAUGAGACCAGUCAAUGUCCUCGAGGGUCCAAUUGCGAAACAACAAAAGGUAUUUUUUCUUCUAUUAAGCAUGAGCUUUAUUUUUAGAAGCAGAUUGCCCCGAAGCCACAAAGUGUCUUUUGUGUUAUAUGCCUUGAUGAAGUGACACGAGUAGCACAUAUUAAGUGUGCGGAAUGUGCUCAUCCAAGUGUCAUAAUGUGUAUAGACUGUUUCCGAUUGGGAGCAGAGACAGGUUCUCAUCGACGUGGACACAAUUUUCAACUUAUACACAAAUCAGGACCGGCGGUAUUUACUUAUAGCGAAUCCGAAGGCGAUGAAUGGGGAGUUUUGGAAGAUUUGAGUCUCUUGGAGUGUCUGCAGAACAAUAAAAUCCAUGAUUGGUAAGGAUUGCAUCUAUUCAAACAUAAUUUAAUUUUAGGCCGGCUGUAGCUUGGGAAGAAUUUCAAAAACAGAGAACGGUGCAAGAGGCCAAACGACACUUCGAUAGUUGCUUUUUGAGUUCGAUUUUUGGCCACCUCGCUCUCUCUCACAUCCAACCGUAGGAAUUUUCAUUUUUAUGUUAACGUUAUGUAAAUCUUUCAGAUCUAAAAUCCAUAUAUGUGAUUUUCCCGAUGCUGACGAAUAUACUGGAGAAUUCUUCAAGCCUACGUCGAAUGCGGAAAUCAAAAACGGUAAUUUCGACAAAAAGCGAACUUAUUUUUUUUCAGAAUUUGCUAAACUUUUUGCGUUUAUUCCGCAAAAACAGUCAGCAAAUAAGCAUAAUGUUGUUCCGAAGUCACUGGCUGGCGUAAAGGUGAAAAAAGAGACCAUUGAAAAUCUUGUAUGCAAGUUUACAAGCGUACAUAUAGAUCAUAAUCCACCCGUCGGAAACGAAGCUGACGAUUGUUACCUUGUACAAUCUUUAUGCAAGUUAUCAGAGGUUGCGCAAGAUGGCAAGGCAAGUACUGGGCACGGUAUUUUAUUUCUUUAGGUGGAGGCUGACAUCCCAGUUCUCGAAAAGGCAACACCAAAAAGGAAAAAGAGAGUAACACCGAGAAAAUUGUCCAACACUUCUUUAGCUUGUGAUGAUAAAGAGAAAGCUGAACCAGAGGAAGAUCUCGAUGACAAUCGGUAUCCCUUGAGGAGGCGAGAGUCAUUGCAGUCGCCAAAGAAGUCGAAAGGAAAGUGGGAUGUAUCUCCUACCAGGGAGGUAAAGGUAAGUGUAUUACGGUUUCUCAUAAUGUUUAGUCCGAACGGCAACUUUCGGGAAGAAGGGAAUCAAAGAAGUUGGAUCGACUCUCUAUUUCCCCUAGAAAACCGCGAUCUACGGGGCGAAGCAAGUCAAGAGGACGGAGAAAGUUGGAUAAACCGCCGAUUUUGACCCCAGAGGUUUCAACUGGACAUCAUGCAACCCCGAAAAGAGGAAAGCCAAAGAGUAAGGAGCAUUUGUUGAUGUUAUUCAUACGUUUAGGGCCUUUAGCUGAGUUCAAAGUCCGAUCGAUUCUCACGGUCAGCGAAAUUUUAAAACGUCGAAUGAGCAAUCCCUAUUUGAAUUUCUUCACUAGAGAUAUCCCUCCUUUAAACCGACAACAAAUCAGAGGGUUUGAUUUAGAAGAUCUGAAUUUGGUUGCGUUUAAUCCAAGAAGGGACGACUUUGAACAUGUAAGCAUGAAAUGUGUAUUCCUUAAUGUUGCUUAAGGAAUACCGGAAUGGCGCAGAGGAUUUUAUUUGCAAGAUAUUCUUGAAUGGAGAACAGUUUCAUGACACAGAGGUUGAUCAGCUCAGAAAUGGUAGGUCCUGCUGUUGAGUUCGAAGUCUAUGCUUUUUUUACAGCUGUUCGCGUCGCCCGAGUUCAUCGUUAUAAUCGUAUUUUGGAACGCAGAAUAACAAAUCAUUCGAUCUGCAGAGAGCACCAACUUCUCAGCGAGUUCCUUCAGAUCGUGAAGACCAAUGUAAAUGAGAGAAACAAGUACAUUGUGAUAAAUGAAGAAGCGUUCCCCUCGAAGAAGAGAGCUGAGGAAUGCCGUCCUUUUCUGGCCAAAUUAAGACGAGUCUUAACUCAAGAUGAGCUUAAUGAAUUUACGGAUGAUUUGGGUGAAAUGGAGACUCUUAUAUCAAGGAUAAGGACGUUACGACAACUGCAGAUGUCUGGGGUCACAGAACUAAAAGGGCGCUUCAAAACAGAAUAUACUCCCGGAAGGAAACGAAAGAAGGCUAAGAGGAAUGACUGCGAUAUUAAAAAGUAAGAAAUGCUCAAGUAUUAGGUUGAUGCAAAAGGAAUUGCGGAUUUUUUAAUUUAUUCGUAUUUUUUUAUAGGAUAGCUCAAUUCAAAAAUGGAAAAAGGUAUAUGGUAGUAAAUUUUAAGAGGAUUUUUCUGUAUAUGUGCUAUUCUUAUAAAAGUUAUCAAACGUUACCAUAAGUUACCACGAAGGUACCCUAAACAUGUUAGUACAUUUUAAACCAAUUUUUUUACAUAUUUUUUUGCGGCUUUAUCCAUUUUUGAAAAUAUUUUGAUAAAAUACGUUAUAUUCUAUCAAAAAACAAAAAAAACCCCAUUUUUGGCAAAGCGUUAAAACGCUAUCCCAAAAAUUCAAAUUUCAGCAAAUUUUACAAAUCGUGUCAUAUCUUUUUUUUAAUAAGUCCAAAAUAAAAAAUUCUUUUUGCUUUCGAUUAGUAACAACAUUUUUAAGGCUUUCGUGAAAAAAGACAUCAAAAUCUUGAAUUUUAUUUUUUGGUCAAAAAAUGUCAAAAAAAUAAAUUUUUUUGAUUUUGAUGUUUUUUGUCACAAAAAUCUUAAAAAUGUUGUUACUAAUCGAAAGCAAAAAGAAUUUUUUAUUUUGGACUUAUAAAAAAAAAGAUAUGACACGAUUUGCAAAAUUUGCUGAAAUUUGAAUUUUUGGGAUAGCGUUUUAACGCUUUGCCAAAAAUGGGGGUUUUUUUGUUUUUUGAUAGAAUAUAACGUAUUUUAUCAAAAUAUUUUCAAAAAUGGAUAAAGCCGCAAAACAAUAUGUAAAAAAAUUGGUUUAAAAUAUACUAACAUGUUUAGGGUACUUUCGUGGUAACUUAUGGUAACGUUUGAUAACUUUUAUAAGAAUAGCACAUAUACAGAAAAAAUCCUCUUAAAAUUUACUACUAUAUACCUUUUUCCAUUUUUGAAUUGAGCUAUCCUAUAAAAAAAUACGAAUAAAUUAAAAAAUCCGCAAUUCCUUUUGCAUCAACCUAAUAUCUCAUUAAGAAAUCACCAGGUUCAGAAUGGGCCACUCGGAAAUUCCAAAGUUGUUUCAGGUAUUUCGUUUAGUGCACCAAUUUCUAUAAAAUUGAAGUUAAAGACAGCCCUUUUUUGUCAACCAAAUGUUACGGGGCACAGCGUUCUGUACUUUUUUGGAAUGAUUCCGACACCGAUUUUUUCGAAUUUUUCUAAAAUAGCCCGCAUUUACGCGGGUGUCGCUAGGGAAUACUGUAAGAUUGACGUGUAAAAUUUUCAGUGUUUAUAGAGUAAAGAGAGAUCUUUCCAACGAUACAACUUACGUAAAUUAAUAUGGAAAAAGAAAUUUGUAAUCAGCGCUGAAAAAUGACCGACUUUGGAUUUUCGGCGCUAAAGAUUGCCCUUCGGCAGAUCUUUUAGAAGAAGUGGAUGGUACCACCUUAUGCGGAAUUUAAUUCUCUACAACAUAUCCAAAAACUUCAAAAUUUUACUGCUUUUCCGUCGAAUUAUGCCUCAAAAAUGCAAUUUUUGCACUAGUUUUACCAAUAUUUUUAAAAAAUUUGCACUUUAAGGGUAGUAUUGCAAAAACAGAGUCGUACAUAUUGAAGCUUGCAUGGUAGCUGAGCAUACUGCUCAAUUUUACCCUGUCAUCUUUCUCCAUCUUCAAGAACAACGGAGCUAAAGUUUGGUGCUUGGACCCAGCAUAAAAAUGCCCUAAGGGCAAAUUUCAAAAAUGCGAUAUUGCCACUGAACAUAGAAUUUUUUGUACUACAGGUACUCCAAAUUUGAGGAAAAAAUCAACGUCGGAAGUUUCCGGAAUAGUUUGAAACAUCGGUGGCCUCAUGAACACAUUUAUGAUUACAUGAUGUUGCAUGGAUUUCUCGGAGCAGUUACAGAAGAAGGAAUUGAAUCGUUGCCUUUUGAGCAUGGCUGUUUGAACGCUUAUUCUACGUUCAGUCGCACUAUCGCAUUUUUGAAAUUCGCCCUUAGGGCAUUUUUAUGCUGGGUCCAAGCACCAAACUUUAGCUCCGUUGUUCUUGAAGAUGGAGAAAGAUGACAGGGUAAAAUUGAGCAGUAUGCUCAGCUACCAUGCAAGCUUCAAUAUGUACGACUCUGUUUUUGCAAUACUACCCUUAAAGUGCAAAUUUUUUUUAAAUAUUGGUAAAACUAGUGCAAAAAUUGCAUUUUUGAGGCAUAAUUCGACGGAAAAGCAGUAAAAUUUUGAAGUUUUUGGAUAUGUUGUAGAGAAUUAAAUUCCGCAUAAGGUGGUACCAUCCACUUCUCCUAAAAGAUCUGCCUAAGGGAAAUCUUUAGCGCCGAAAAUCCAAAGUCGGUCAUUUUUCAGCGCUGCUUACAAAUUUCUUUUUCUGUAUUAAUUUACGUAAGUUGUAUCGUUGGAAAGAUCUCUCUUUACUCCAUAAACACUGCAAAUUUUACAUGUCAAUCUUACAGUAUUCCCUCGCGACACCCGCGUAAAUGCGGGCUAUUUUAGAAAAAUUCAAAAAAAUCGGUGUCGAAAUCAUUCCAAAAAAGUACAGAACGCUGUGCGGGGUCUGCGUUCACAGAGGCCACCGUGCUGACCUUUGACAUCUUUAUUCCAAAUUUUAGAGCCCGAAAUCGGUGAAAUUUACAAACGAAUGGUCCAAACGAUCCGUGGGAUCCGCAAAUGAGACCUACGUUUCUGAAAGAGCAGAUAAAUUUUACUAGGAAUCCGUUUUUUUCUACUUGCCUGUGCGACGAGAAAUAUCGAUCGAAAGUUGUGUGGUGCAGUGGGAGUAAAACACGCUUAAAAAAUGUUUUGGGGAGUAGAGCGCGUAGGUUCGAAACCGGUAAAGACUGAACGCAUAACGAAAAUCAUUGCAACAUUUUUAGUACGGGGGCUUCCGUGAAAGUGGACCCGUCAUAUUUGGUUGACAAAAAAUCGGUUGUCUCGAUUCCAUUUUAUAUGAAGUUUAUAGACAUUGGUGCACUAAACCAAGUACCUGAAACAAGUUUGGAAGUUCGGAGUGGUCCACCCUGUUUAACUUACAGGGGAAGUACUCCAAGUGCGACGCUCAGAUUUUGAUGAAACUUGGCACAAAUUUAGAAUAAAUUUUUUCUAAGAUAUACUGCUCCACGAAAUGAUAGACGCACCCUGUUUUUAGCGAUUAUCUUCCUUGUACUAAAUGAUAUCGAAUAAUGUUCAACAGAUGAAAUGUGACAAAUUAAACGAGAAAUCAUGUCCCGUUGCGAUUUUGGAACAAAAUUUUGCCUUGACUGAGAUAUGACAUUUUUUUGACUUUUUUGGGGUCCACAGAAUGAUAGACGCAAUUAAGUAAUUUUUCGUUUAUUUAAAAGAACUUUGAGUCAACCUGCUCUUAUUGCACUUCCUCGUGUUCUCUGUAGUAUUAGAAAGGUGAUUACAUUUAUAUCCGCCGUACUUCAUCGACGCAAUGGCCUUAUGGGCCAUUUCCGACCUUGUACAUGAGGUAAAAAUUCGUUUGAAAAAAAAAUUUGAUUAACGAUUUUGCUUUCGCCAAAAAACCAUCUUAAACCAUUUUAGAUUACUUGUAGCAAAUAUAAGACAUAAAAUAAACCAAUACCGAUCCGUUUGAAGUCGUUUAAUCGACCAUUAAAUUACCGUAGACCAUCUACAGUAACCUUCAAAGGCCCUAAGGGUACAGAAAAUUUCCAUCGAUGGCAACUUUUUGCUCAGAAAAUCAAACUCAGCAUGUUAAAAAACCUAUAACAGCAACUUAUUGCUUGCUUAAAUGUACUAUGUGCCGCAGAUGAUUAGUUAAAAUAUAAACGUGUAAAAAUGGGCCAAAAUAUGCCUAUUUUUGUGAACUUUUUUUUAGAAAGAGUUUACAGACCCAAUUUGUUCUCUAACGGCUGAUGAGUGCAGCAUUACGUUUUCAGGCAUGCUGAAUUCGAAUUGCAAAUCAAAUUUUGCCAAUCCGUUCAUUCGUCUUGGUAUUUCGGGGGUCUAAGUGUAUUACGGUAGCUACUUGCUGAAGAUUAUAAGCCAAGAAAAUACCCGAGAUCUUUGAACAAGCUGUUUUUUUCCCAUUAGCGAGAUUUACACGUAUAAUCUAACAGUAUUAGCUAGUUUUUUGCCCAAGAAAACAGCCCAACCAAAUUUUUUUUUUUCAAAAUGAAUGUUUACCUCAUGUACAAGGUCGGAAAUGGCUCAUAAGGCCAUUGCGUCGAUGAAUUACGGCGGAUAUAAAUGUAAUCACCUUUCUAAUACUACAGAGAACACGAGGAAGUGCAAUAAGAGCAGGUUGACUCAAAGUUCUUUUAAAUAAACGAAAAAUUACUUAAUCCUUAAAUUAAUUGCGUCUAUCAUUUUGUGGACCCCAAAAAAGUCUAAAAAAUGUCAUAUCUCAGUCAAGGCAAAAUUUUGUUCCAAAAUCCUAUGGGACAUGAUUUCUCGUUUAAUUUGCCACAUUUCAUCUGUUGAACAUUAUUCGAUAUCAUUUAGUACAAGGAAGAUAAUCGCUAAAAACAGGGUGCGUCUAUCAUUUCGUGGAGCAGUAUAUAUGCUAGAAUUCUAGCUCGCGCUUUGCAGAAACAACCGAGAUUUUUAGAUCGAAAGUCGGCGAAAAUUUAGGACUUUUUGCCGAAUUUCGGCCCGAAAAGUUUCAUGCCUAUGAAUCUGAGCGUCGCACUUGGAGUACUUCCCCUGUUAGUGAGACGUGGAUUGAAAAUGAUAAAUUUAGAGCCGAACUGAGAUGGAAUCGUAUCAAGAAAUGGAACAAACAAAAUAAGGACGCCUAA